AUGACCGAAACAGCUUGGAGAAGAAAUGUCGAUUGGAAGGCGCGUUAUUCUAAACUGUAUUCGUCACGAGGCUUAUCACAGUUAAAAUAUAACGACUUGGGAGGAAACGAUACCACACUCCUAGACAUGGUUCGAUCAAGAAGUUGCGAAGUUGAAGACGAAAUUCGAGAUGAAAUACAGCCUCCGCCACGCGAUGAGAGCCCUGAAUAUGAUAACCCAUCGGAAUCCUGUGUUCACGGAUUUAUCUACCGCGUUCCGGAACGGAGCGUGUCCCGAUCGAGGUCCCGCGUCUCCCGGAUGUCAAUGAGACGGGACAUGGACAUUCCAUCCAUACUAGCGUUUACCGCUUCACCGACACCCUCGCCGAUGUGCCUUGGUAUUCCGGCUUUUCAAAAAGCCAAGCCUCAAGGAGUUGAAAUUCCACGUUGGUCUAUACGACGAUCUGUUUGUCCGGUCUGUUCUCAGAAAUGGAGGGACAAAAGCUCUGUAAAAAAUAUAAAAUAUUCAGGUUUGAAAAGAAAUAUAUCGAACGAACUUCCAUCCGUUAAAGCUCCAGCUCGAAUACGAACAUCAGCCAACAUGGAAUAUAUUCCACGUCCUGUGCCAGCUGCUCUAGAUCAAGAAGCCGGUAUAGUACAGGGUAGCCUCCGUCACGGCAGCGCUUCCUGGCUAUUGACAAGAGCCCGGCGAUUCAGAACACCCAAGCUACAAAUGCCACCGCCUGAAGCGACAGCGCCACCUAGUUGUAGCGCUCCUCUUGCUCGGAAAGAUCUAGAACUUCGUGUUUCACAGUUCCUUUCUGAUACAUUUAAGCUAUGA